UACAGAGUCAUCAUUGUUCGCCGCUGAAAAUCCCCCCCCCUCGUUAUAUGUACGGCCGCCGGCAAAUCCCCGCAUAACUCUCCCCGCCGCCGCUCCGCCCCAAGUAAUUCCUGGUAUGCUCUAACUAUGGCUGCUCCGAGACCGGCAUUUUCUAUUUCUCCGGCAGCGAGUAACCCGAUCAGGUUCGGAUGUUUGCCGCCGCAAUGCCUUGUCCGUGUUUCUCGGUCUACGUAUCCACGAGUAGCAGCUACAAGUUUUGUUUUGCCCAGUUCUCGGAAGCGGAUUUGUGGCGGCGAUGUGUUCCGAUGUGAACUCCCGGAUUUUCGUGUUUCGGCUUCAACUACGGGCGUAUCAACUGAGACAUCGGUGGACCAGGUUCAACUCCCUAGAGGUGAUAUGUGGAGUGUUCACAAGUUUGGUGGGACUUGUGUGGGAAACUCACAACGGUUAAGGAAUGUUGCUGAAGUCAUCAUAAAUGACAAUUCAGAAAGGAAGCUGGUUGUUGUGUCAGCAAUGUCGAAGGUUACAGAUAUGAUGUAUGAUCUAAUCCACAAGGCACAGUCAAGGGAUGAUUCGUAUGUGUACGCGCUGGAUGCUGUUCUGGAAAAGCAUCGGUUGACAGCUCGCGAUCUUCUUGAUGGAGCAGAUCUUGCGAGUUUCUUGUCCUGUUUGCAUAAAGAUGUUAAUAACCUCAAAGCAAUGCUCCGUGCCAUAUACAUAGCUGGCCAUGCAUCUGAGUCAUUUUCGGAUUUUGUUGUUGGACAUGGAGAGCUAUGGUCUGCUCAGAUGCUAUCAUUUGUUGUCAGAAAGACUGGGCUAGAGUGCAAGUGGAUGGAUACUAGAGAUGUGCUUAUUGUCAAUCCCACCAGCUCUAAUCAGGUCGAUCCUGAUUUUGCUGAAUCUGAGCGAAGAAUUGAAAAAUGGUUCUCGCAAAAUCCAUCGAAAGUAAUUGUUGCAACAGGGUUCAUUGCUAGUACUCCGCAGAACAUCCCAACAACUUUGAAAAGAGAUGGAAGUGAUUUUUCAGCAGCUAUAAUGGGUGCCCUUUUAAGGGCUCGCCAGGUCACAAUUUGGACUGAUGUGGAUGGUGUAUACAGCGCAGAUCCUCGGAAAGUUAACGAGGCUGUGAUACUGAAGACACUGUCAUACCAAGAGGCCUGGGAAAUGUCUUAUUUUGGAGCAAAUGUCCUACAUCCCCGUACUAUUAUCCCUGUGAUGCGAUAUGAUAUUCCGAUUGCGAUUAGAAAUAUAUUCAAUCUCUCUGCUCCGGGAACAAUGAUUUGCCAACCUGCUUCUGCUGAAAAUGCGGAUGACUAUAACUUGGAGACCCCUGUCAAAGGAUUCGCAACUAUUGACAAUUUGGCUCUUGUAAAUGUUGAAGGUACUGGAAUGGCUGGUGUACCUGGUACUGCUAGUGACAUUUUCGGUGCUGUCAAAGAUGUUGGAGCUAAUGUGAUUAUGAUAUCACAGGCUAGCAGUGAGCAUUCUGUGUGCUUUGCUGUGCCCGAAAAGGAGGUGAAAGCUGUUUCUGAAGCACUGCGAUCUAGAUUUAGUCAAGCUUUAAAUGCAGGACGUCUUUCCCAGAUCGAGGUAAUACCUAAUUGUAGCAUCCUAGCAGCAGUGGGUCAAAAAAUGUCAAGUACACCUGGAGUUAGUGCUACCCUUUUCAACGCCCUUGCGAAGGCUAAUAUUAAUGUCCGUGCUAUAGCUCAAGGUUGUUCUGAGUACAAUGUUACUGUAGUUGUCAGACGCGAAGAUUGCGUAAGGGCGCUAAAAGCUGUGCAUUCAAGGUUUUUUCUGUCAAGAACCACCAUAGCAAUGGGAAUAAUAGGUCCAGGCUUGAUUGGUGGCACAUUACUUGAUCAGCUUAGGGACCAGGCUGGCGUUCUCAAACGAGAAUUUAACAUUGAUCUGCGUGUUAUGGGAAUUACUGGAUCAAGAACUAUGCUGCUAAGUGACAUUGGGAUUGACUUGUCGAGAUGGAGAGAACUUCUGAACGAGAGAGGAGAAGAGGCUAAUAUGGAUAAAUUCACUCAGCACGUGCAUGGAAAUCAUUUUAUUCCCAACACUGUCUUGGUUGAUUGUACUGCAGACUCUAAUAUCGCUACCCGUUACUAUGAUUGGUUACGGAGAGGCAUGCAUGUCAUUACCCCAAAUAAGAAGGCUAACUCAGGGCCCCUUGACCAGUACCAAAAGCUGAGAGCUCUUCAAAGGAAAUCCUACACUCAUUACUUCUAUGAAGCCACUGUUGGAGCCGGUCUUCCAAUUAUCAGCACUUUAAGAGGUCUCCUUGAGACCGGAGACAAGAUACUACGGAUAGAGGGCAUUUUCAGUGGGACUUUGAGUUAUUUAUUCAACAAUUUUGUCGGAAGUCGAAAUUUCAGUGAGGUAGUGGCAGAAGCAAAAAAGGCCGGUUACACUGAACCUGAUCCAAGAGAAGAUCUAUCUGGAACUGAUGUUGCUAGGAAGGUGAUAAUUCUCGCUAGAGAAUCCGGCCUGAGAUUGGACCUCUCUGACCUACCCAUUAGAAGUCUCGUGCCCGAACCUUUAAAAGCAUGCACAUCUGCUGAAGAAUUCAUGGAGAAGCUACCACAAUUUGACAAAGACUUGGCCAAAGAAAGACAGGAAGCUGAAAAAUCGGGAGAAGUAUCUUCGAACUUUCUAGCCAUGCCGGUACUGCAUCCUCUCAGAAUCAUAACAUCUGAAACCCUUCCUUUUCCCGUCGGUCUUCCAUUACAGGUACUGAGAUAUGUCGGUGUGGUGGACGCGAUUGACGAAAAGGGAACAGUCGAGCUUCGCAGAUACAAGAAAGAGCAUCCAUUUGCACAGCUGUCGGGUUCAGACAACAUCAUAGCUUUCACAACGCUGAGGUACAAGGAUCAGCCGCUCAUUGUGCGUGGGCCUGGCGCCGGAGCUCAAGUCACGGCUGGUGGUAUAUUCAGCGACAUACUUAGACUUGCUUCCUAUCUCGGAGCGCCAUCUUGAAGGUACCAGAUAGUUUAGUAGUUUGUGCCAUAUACUCAGGUGUUAUCAGUUUUGGCUGUUCUCCAGUUUCUCGGUUAGUUUAUGGAUCUCAACCAGUUCUAGACCCUGAAUUAUAGGAAUAUCAUUAUAACCAAGCGACCCAAACCCAAAUCUAAUUUAUAUCGAUUUCAA